AGUGAACGAARACCAUAUUGUCCACCGACGUGUUKUAACUGCAAUGAAGUGGGGAACUAUGCCAAUCAGUGCCCACACCGUAAUCRGAGACACUMCAGUUCAGCAAGGCCAUCUACCUCGGCUGACUCAAGACGAUCGAGAGCGCCUSGACUAUAUGACCACCGGCRYCGAAGCUCUCCAUCCAAGGACUCGGAUAUGAGGGCGCAGAUUGCUGAAUUGGGGCAGAACUACGCCGUAAUGAARGAACAUUACGACAUGGAGCRCAAGAAGAUGGAAGAGAAGGCUCGGCGUAAGCAAGAGAAAGAGGCGGCAAAACGGCUGGAGUUAGAGGAGAGAGAGAGACAGGAAAGGAAGGCAAUGAARAAGAAGGAAAAGCUGCGAAAGGAAGCAGAGMAGCGUGCUGAGAUGAGCAAAGACCUGCGGAUGCAGAUGAAAAUGGACAUGUACAAGUUAAGAGAUGUGAUGCGCRAAGAAUUUGUCGAGCAGAUGCGUGAGGUGAUGAUCCCUGUAAGUAUGCAGCUGAGGAGCAGAGGGAAAGAGAAGGUGUCCCGCGGAUCUGACAAGGGAUCAACAUCGGAGGAGAGUGUAUCUCCGAGAAGAGGAAGCGGGGACCUGAGACGCAUUUUGAAGGCAAAAGGAGCGAGGAAAUCGGGCUCGGCUAAGAAGGUGUCACCAGUGAAGACGCCUUUGUCUCGACGCAAGGCCGUCAAGACGAAGACCCCAGUGCCUAAGUCUACCGCCGUGAAAGGACCUCUGGCUAGGAUUCGGUACAUGAAUCAGACGAUGAAAGAGUUGAAGGACCUUGAUGCCACUGAACUACAGAGGAUCUGUAAGGAAGAGGGAGUGCAUUACGAUAAGAAGGUGGACGCAAUCUUUGAUAUCGUGGAGCAUGRMACACGGUUGAAUUUCRGGGAGGAACYRCCGAYAGAGGACGUGAUCAUACCGGUGGAAUCAGAGACCUGCGGAGAUCGUCCAGUAGACGAAUUGGAAUAAUGCRACUUCAGUGUGUCGCACUUAUGGCAACUUUGCAGAUUUUUGACGCAGGAAAGAUGUAAGUCCUUUUCAGUGCAUCAAAGGGUCGAGCGCUUACUGAGAUCGGGCGUUAUUUUGCUAUCUUUGGAGAAUCAGAUCGCCUGGACGGGUAAAUUUGUGCAUAAGUGGCUAGAGUUGUAUGAGCAUCACGAUA